AUGGAAAGACGACAGCGCAAGGUUGCUGCCGCCAGUGGUGGCAGUAGUACCGUGUCCAAAGGUUUUGUAUGCAGUUUUUCGGGUUGUGAAAAACGGUUCACACGGGCCGAGCAUCUUCAGAGGCACUCUCUGAACCAUACCCCCGGCAGUGCCACCUGCCCCCGGUGCCGUGCCCACUUCAAGCGACCGGACCUACUCGAGCGACAUUUGAACCGACAUCGUCAACGAGACGAGGAAGCCGGAGGAGCAGGCCACGGAGUUCUCAAUACUCGCAAACGUCUCUGGAAAGCCCCUGAUGGCAGUGUGGUGCAAAAUCGGCCAUUAGUAGACCUGUCAGAAGACUGUCGGUCUCCAAAACCGCCGUCAGACCAAGGUCGUUCGGAAAGCGAGGAAUCUGGUCCUCAUGGUAAUAUCCACGUGGACCAUCCAAUUUCACCUCCCACGUCCGAAGAUCACUCCGAUCUUGCACCACAUCAAGAUUUUCAGGACGACCAGUAUGCAAGUUCCUACAUGCCACUGGAUGGGAGUUCAUGGUCAUUUACUGGAGCGGAGUCUUUAGAUCCGACUCUGAAUAUCAACCCCGAUGAUAGCUUCUUCCUAGAUCCAGGGCUAUUUCCUCCACCAGCGUCUGCAUCGUCAUCUCAACAAUCCAGUCAACUCUACGAUGACUUCUUUCAGCCCGAUACUGCCAGCUCAUUUAAUAUGCCAUAUACGACAGCGGCGAAUUACAAUUGGCUAUUUGAUCAAAGCAGUUUGAUAGGCGUCAUAACAGAAUCGCAAGCGAUCAGUAGCACUGCCGGAGCUGGCUUUGGAUUGCACAGCGGCUUAGCAGAACCAAUGGAUACCCAAGUCAGUCCACAGAGUGCAGCUGCAAUAACUUCGGCACAAGGACCGGAAGACAACGUGUCUCACGAGCCAGUCCCUAUCACCCCUUCAGUAACGCCGCAACAGAGGCGGCAUUCAUCAAGACCUUGUGUACACUUAAAUCCAGCACCCGCGGGGGAUAUUACAAGCACACAACCAGACGAGCCGGUGGCUUUUUGCCUCCCGGUGCAGGUGCCUGCAGGCUACGAUCUAGAGAGACCACUGUCUACGCUGAAAUCUGUCCCACGUUUUCCAACAAUAUCUGACGAGGUUCGAGGACACAUAUUAGAGGCUGUCGAGGCGGUUCAGCCUGUCUUACCAACUGGACAGCUGAGAGCCUGGGAGGACCCUCUCUUAUCCCUCUCUUGCCUCCAGGACUAUCUCGACCUUUUCUUCACGAGAUUUAAUACGGCGUAUCCCCUGAUCCACUCGGCAACCUUUGAACCCAGCCGAACAGAGCCUCUCCUGGUACUGGCAAUACUCUUACUGGGAGCUACAUACUCGAGUCGCGAGGCUCACCAACUUGCAGUCUGCAUUCACGAUGUUAUUCGACCUCAAAUAUUUGCGCACGCGGGAUUCAGCCCCAAACCUGAGCUCUGGGUCUUACAAACAAUCCUCCUUGUAGAGUGUUUUGGUAAAUCGCGGGCGGGACAGAAGCAGCAUGAUAUGAGUCAUCUGUUCCACGGAUUACUUAUUAACCUCAUUCGCCGGUCGGAUUGCCAAUCUAUUCAGUCGGCAUCCAUUUCAGAUGGAAACUCAGACAAGAACGAUCUUGGAAAUGCGUGGCGCCAAUGGGCCAAGUCUGAAGAAAAGAAACGUCUGGCCUUCCUCUGCUUCAUGUGGGAUACGCAGCAUGCUGUUCUUUUCUGCCAGAGCCUUUGCAUGUCUGCAUUCGAGCUGCGCCUAUCGAUGCCGUGUGGACAGGCGCUCUGGGAGGCUGAGGACGAGUCAGACUGGGAACGCAGAAUGACUUCCGAGAAACAGCCAGAACUUUCGUUCUUAGCUGCUUUGAAGACGUACCUAAUCGAACCCAACAACGCACGACCGCGUAACUUCAAUGCGUUAUCCCGCAUCCUUCUACUCCAUGGCCUAAUGUCAAUCUCUUGGGACAUGGAACGGCGAGACCAGACGGCCCUUGGGGCUGCUAGCUUUGUGGACGGUGUCAACUGGAGGCACCGCCUGGGCGAUGCGUAUGAUUUGUGGAAAACGGAUUUCGAUGCGUAUUGCUCGGAAAUCGUGAUCAAGCAACGACGAAUGCAGCAACAAGGUUCUACGGAGUCCGAGAUAGACUGGAGUACAAGACGCCAACAGUUUUCCACCUUUGCCACGGCGUAUCUGGCAGUGUACCACGCCUCUCAGAUCCACUUGAACUCGUCCUUCCUGGACGUGCAGAUUUAUGCUGGAGCGAGACACAUUCUUGGCCGACCAGUUUAUCGUAAUGACUAUGUGCGCUCAGAGCGGACUGUCAAGCGCUGGGCUAGUGGAAAUGACAUGGUGGAGCCUGAUUCAAGAGACGGGUCAUCCGGUGUUAGUGCAAGAACGCCAAUGAGUGCCACGAAAGCUGCCUUUCAUGCUGCAAGUGCUCUGCAUGAAGCGUCGAAUAACCUCGAUGAUUUUGAUAGCAUGGGACUUUUCCAUGUUCCAUGGUGCUUGUACCUGUCAACUCUUACCUUGUGGGCAUUUCAUCACGCGCGGCCUGCCACCCCUGCGAGCAUCGAGAGUGAAGAUAGUGAAAUGGUAUGGGAUGCUCGGAAAGAAAUGCAGGAGCUGUUGUUAAAUAUGGUUCACGUCAAGUCGUAUACAUCGUAUACAAGCUUGGCCAGGCAAACCACAGGAGGUCUUGUGUGGGUAAUGGCUGAUGUUCUUAGCAAGGUGCGGUGGGGCAUCAUCCACUCAGGGGUUCUAGUAUUGAGGGCCCUCAUUCCUAUGCGGCUGAUAUCCCAGUAUGAGGUAUCUUAA